AUGGUGCUAUUAUAUUCAUCUCAAGAGUUGCGAGAUAUGCUCUCCUACCGAGAGAGAUGGGCUCGCCGCCUAGUGCGCGACCAAGUCUACCGGGAGCUGUCGCACUACCAUCAGUCGAAACAUGACUGGAAAGUGGGCUCCAAGAACGAACUGGAGCGCACCUGUGACUAUGAAAUGACCCGAAAUGAUCUGCCCUCGCCCUGCUGGCAAGAUCAGGCUCGCACCAAGCAGCAGCCUUUGCAUAUCUGCAUCGUUGGGGCAGGCGUUUCUGGCUUGUACAUCGCGCUGCUCUUGGAUAGCUUGGAGAUGCCAGGACUGACAUAUGAGAUCCUCGAAGCUUCGAACCGCGCAGGUGGACGUGUGAAGACACAUUAUUUUAGCGACAGGAGUGACGACUACUUUGAUGUCGGUGCAAUGCGCUUCCCGGAGGCUACCCACAUGCAACGAAUAAUGCACCUAUUCCGACACCUGAACGUGCCGUUGAGUCCAUACUACAAGACUGAAACUGACCGCCCGUACUUGUUCAACAACAUCCUCGCAGCGAACAUCCCACAAAACCGCAAGGAUAUCUUCCAACUCGGCCGAUCUCAUGGUGGUCUGGUUCCGGACCGGUUAGUCCAGCGCGGUGCGCAGCAACUUCUGGCAGACGCUGUUCAACCGCACUGCGCAGCUCUUGCACAGAACUUUGACCAAGGAUUCCAAAGACUAAUGGAGUUCGACCAUUUGAGUACCUCCAUGUACUUGCAGCAGAUCAUGGGAUACGACUUUCACACUGUCCAAUGGAUGGAAUCCAUGACCUCAGCGACAGGGCUGUUCGACCAGGCCUUCAGCGAGACAGUCUUAGACGCACUAGACUUUGACUACUCAGAUACCACGCCGUGGUGGCGGAUCGAGGGUGGCGGCGCCGUGCUGAUUAGUCGUAUGUGCGAGGCCAUCUCCCAACCUUGCAAGCUGAACAAGGCCGUGGUCGAAGGCGAGAGCUCGUCCCGACAGUAUAACACCGUGUUCGUGACGACGACGCUGCCCGCGCUGCAACGUAUGGAUCUGCGUUCAGCUGGGCUGCACCCAGCGCAAAGACAGGCAAUCAACUACCUACAAUACGACAGUGCGACCAAAGUCGCUAUUAAGUUCUCCCACGCAUGGUGGCGCGGGCCCCAUGGGUCUCUCUACCGGGGCGGCGAGGCGCACACUGACCUGCCGCUCCGAGUGUGCGUGUAUCCGUCCUGCGCCUCGGUUGCUGAAGCCCCAGACCAGCCUGCCGUGCUUCUUUGCUCGUAUACCUGGGCGCGCGAUGCCCAGCGCAUCGCAUCUCUGAUCAGUGACGAAUCUCCGUUGGGCGAGGCAAGGUUGGUCGAGCUCCUGCUACGCAACCUGGCCGAGCUGCACGCUGUGCCCGGCGUCACGUACGAAGGCCUGCGUGCUGCAUAUCUUGAUCACUAUGCUUUCGCCUGGGACCGUGAUCCUCACGCUGCUGGUGCUUUUGCAUUCUUUGGACCGGGCCAGUUUCGUAAUCUUUACCCCUUUCUGACGCGUCCGGCCGCUGAUGGUAACCUCCAUAUCGCCGGUGAGGCUGCCAGUCCUGUGCAUGGCUGGAUUCAGGGAUCCCUUGAGAGCGCUUACCAGGCGGUACAGCACUUUCUAGAACAUCACAGUUUGUGUGAUGCGAUGGCCCGACUAGAAUCCCAAUGGAGUUGGGCUGGUGAUACGAGAGCAGGUGACCACAGGAUAUCGCAAUUGCAGGUCUAUCUGGCGCGGGGGAGAGGUAACAGGCAACACGGCUUAUAA